AUGGUACCAAAGAAAUUAAAUCCAACAAGACAGAAAGCUCUUAAAGCAAUCAGAUCAGGAAAUUAUGAAGAAGCUUUAGAACAUUGUGAAAAAUUAAUUCAGCUUCAUCCCAAAUCAUGUACAUAUAGGUGUGAUCGGGCUGAAGUAUUUAUAGGUCUUGGUAAGAAAUCAAGAGCAAUUGAAGAUUUGGACAGAGUUCUUAAUCUCAAACCAGAUAAAUCAAAUGCUCUGUAUUUACGCGGAUUAACACUUUAUAAGGAACUUGAUUAUAAUGAUAAAAAAGGGGCAAUAUAUGAUUUGUGUAAAGCAUUAAAAAUUGAUCCAAAUAAUCCAUUAUUGGCACUUGAAUCACAUAAAAUUUGUAUUGAAUAUUUUAAACAACGCGAAGAUGGUCAACUUGAAUUGAUUAAUCAUAUAAAUGCGGGGCUUUUACUAAAACCACAAGAUGUUUGGCUACUCAGUAAUCGUGCUUCAAUAUAUUAUCAAAGUCAAUUAUUCCCAAGAGCAAUUGAUGAUUUAAAUGUUGUUUUAUCAAUAGAACCCAAUAAUAUUGAAGCUUUACAAUUUAGAGCCAAUGUUCAUAAGAAAAUAUCUGAUUAUGAAAAAUCAUUUGAUGAUAUCAGUAAAGCUAUACAACUCUCACCUGAAACCCCUUCACUUUUAUUAAAAAGAGCAAAAUUGUUUAAAUUAAAAAAAGAAUUUGAAAAAUCAUUGAAUGAUUUAGAACAAUUAAGUAAUCUAUUAUCAAAUCCUAAAUCUACCAUUGCUGCAUCUCUAUUUAGUAAUCGUGGUCAAGUAUAUCAAGGAUUAUUUAGAUAUAAAGAGGCAUCAAAUGAUUAUACAAGAGCAUUAAAUUUGAAACCCAAAUCAUCAACAUAUAGAAGACGUGCAGAAAUUUACCAGAUUUUACGACAAUACCAAGAUGCAUUAGAAGAUGCUAAAUCUGCAAUGAAAAUUGAUAAGGAUGAUAUUAAAGCUGCCACACUUAUCAAUCAACUCUAUACACAAUUAAAUAGGCAUGACGAGGCAUUAAAUUUAUUGGAUAAUUCAUUAAGCAAAUCUCCAAAUGAUGCUAUAAAGUUAUCUGAAAGAGGAACAGUCUAUAAAGCUUUGAAAAGGUAUGAUGAGGCAUUGAAUGAUUUGAAUAAAGCAUUAUCAAUUGAUGCAAAAAAUAUUCCCGCAUAUCUUUCUAGAGCCAAAAUUUACAGAGAACAAAAAGACUAUGCUAAAUCAUUGUCAGAUAUAACAUCAGCCAUUAAACUGGAUUUGAAAAAUUCCAAACUGAUAAGAAAUCGUGGGAAAAUAUAUACAUUAAGUGAAAAAUAUGAUGAAGCAAUGCUAGAUUUAGAUAAAUCAAUCUCAACUGAGCCAAAUAAUCCUUCAAGUUAUCGAUACCGAGGCAAAGCUUUUUCAAAAAUAAACAAGUAUGAAGAAGCAAUGAAAGAUUUUGAUAAGGUGAUGAAAUUGAAACCAAAUGAUCCAAAUGCUCUACAUGAUAGAAGCGAAACAUUAUAUAAGAUGAAUAAAUUUAAUGAAGCUUUAAGUGACAUCAAUAAAUCUUUGGAAUUAGAUGAGAAUACAAAUUCAUAUGAAUUAAGAGCUUCAAUUUAUGAGAAACUUGGUGAUCAUAAGAAUGUUAUAUUGGAUUUAAGUAAAGUGUUCAAAGUAAAUCCUAAAGAUAAAGGUGUAUUGUUUCGUAGAGCAAAAAUUUAUGAGUCACAAGGACAAUAUUAUGAUGCAUUAAAUGAUUGGAGCCAAUUGGUGAAAUUAGAAUCCAAGAAUUUGGAAUAUUUGAAGGAUCGGGCUAGAUUGUUAUUGACAUUAUGUAGAUAUGAAGAUGCAAUUAAAGAUUAUGAUGAAAUCUUAAAACUUCAACCAGGAAAUCAAAUUAUCAUUUGCAAAAGGUUGGAAAUUUAUCAAUAUUUUAAUAAGACAGAUGAAGCAAUUGAAGAAUUGACAAAACUAAUUGAUAGCACAAUAGAUAAAGAAUUAUUUUGUGUUACAAGAGGAGUUCUUUAUUAUUCUAAAGGAAAUCAAGAAGCAGCAUUGGAAGAUUUUGAUAAGGUAUUAGGAUUAGGAAAGGCAAAACCAAAGGAACAAAUUACAUAUACAAAAGACCAGCUUAAGGCAUUAUGUUAUCGUGGAUGUAUUAAUCACUCAUUGAUAGAUUUGAAUGUAGUGUUAGAAAAUGAACCUGAUAACAUUUUAGCAUUAUGUGAACGAAGUUCUAUUUACAGAGAUCGUAAUGAUCAUGAUGGAGCUUGGAAAGAUUUAAAAACCGUUUUAAACAAUGAACUUAAUCCCUCUAGUCAGUAUAUACUUGUCAAUUAA